AUGUGGAGGAAAUUGCUCAACCUUCAUCGGCCACCGCCAGAUACGCUCGGAGGCCCAAGCCGAUAUAUCGAUUGGACAAAUGCUCGCGUAUGGAUCGAACAAUGUCCUUCUCCCCACGGCUUGCCACGCAACCUAAAGGUCAUUGAUGUCCUUCAGAAUCGCGUGGUGGACGCACCGGCAGGGUGUAGAUACCUGGCCCUCAGUUAUGUCUUUGGAGGAGUGAAGGUCGAACAUAUCACACUCCCAGAUGCCCUUCCUGCCACCAUUGGCGACGCCAUAAUUGCCUGUCAGAAGCUUGGAGUGCAAUAUCUCUGGGUUGACCAGCUCUGUAUCAGCCAGAAAAACCCGUGUGUAUUACAAGAACAGAUUAAUCAGAUGCAUGAUAUCUAUCAACACGCUGUAUGUUCCCUGGUAGCAUUGACAGGCGAGAAUGCAAAUUGCGGGUUGCCUGGCGUGACUAGGGGUCGGCCACAGGUCCAAAACGUCGUCGAAAUAGCUGGCAUCAUGUUCACCACCCUGAUGCCGAACAUCCAUGACUGUAUCAAGUUCAGUAAAUGGGCCACUCGCGGCUGGACACUCCAAGAAGCUAUCUUUUCUGAUUGCUUUCUUUUCUUUACCGACUAUGGCUUGCAUUUUGUGCAACGGAAUGCUGUCGGUAUAAAGAGAGCCCAGAUUAAAUCAGAUGUGACCUCUGGCGUUCCGGCAGAGUAUACACUUCCUUCCAAGGACAAAUUCUGGACAAUGCUCGGAAAGUAUAACGCGAGAGAUUUAUCAUAUCCGGAGGAUGCGCUGCGUGCCUUUUCAGCUGUUCUGCGGUCCACAUACAGCGACAAUACCUACUACGGACAUCCUCGCGAGCAGAUUGACAAAGCGGCUGUAUGGCAUAUAGCAGGGGAUAGAACCGCUUCUAGGAUGCGCACUAUGUUUCCUUCGUGGUCCUGGGCUUCCAACUCUGGCCCCAUUGGCUUUUUGAAAGCAAAUGCUGCACUGGCUGUCUGGGCCACGCCAGAAGGAUCUACGGAUUCUGGGACCAAUAUCAUCCUCUGUACGCCAGCUCCAGAUGAGGAUUGGGGGGAAAGAGGCAUAUCCAGAGAGAGUCGAGGCUUGGUCAAGGACCACCAAAUUGCCCGGAGGCAGAACCUAUUUUUUACCAUAGAUGUAGCCUGGGAGGUUGGAAGCAUCAAAUGCUCGCGUCUUUUUGAGUCUGGUUUGCAUUGGUCAAGAGCUGCCACACUGGCUGAGCGAUGGCCAACCUAUGAUGCUUACUGGCACAGCACGCUGGGGAACUAUGAUAUUGAUACUAUAUUCCCUGAGCGGGACCGUGCGACCGCUGCCUCUGCUAAGGCCGGAUUCUUCUCCACGGCCAGACCGCGUCUUUCCCUUUAG